UUCUUCUCCUUCUUCUUUCCAUUGCCUAGGGUUUUCUAAUUCUUCAUCUUUCCAUAUUCUUUUUUCCAAGUACUUAUUAUAUAUAAUUAAUUGUUUGAUUUUCGGUUGAUUAUCAUGAAGGAUAGUUCUGGAGAUCAUAAUAAUUAUAAUAAUAAUCUUCAUGUUAAUUAUCAUGAUCAAUAUAAAUCUUCUUGUCCAAGAGGCCAUUGGAGACCUGCUGAAGAUGAAAAACUUCGUCAAUUGGUUGAACAAUAUGGUGCUCAAAAUUGGAAUUCCAUUGCUGAGAAACUUCAAGGCAGAUCAGGAAAGAGUUGUAGAUUGAGAUGGUUUAAUCAACUAGACCCAAGAAUAAUCAGAAAGCCAUUUAGUGAAGAAGAAGAGGAAAGAUUAUUGGGAGCUCAUAGAAUACAUGGAAAUAAAUGGUCACUUAUAGCAAGACUAUUUCCAGGUAGAACUGAUAAUGCUGUGAAGAAUCAUUGGCAUGUUAUUAUGGCAAGAAAGCAAAGAGAACAAUCAAAACUUUGUGGCAACAAAAGAACUUAUCAACAAUUUUCAAAUUUAAUUCUCAACAACAACCAAAUUACAACACAAUCUUCAUCCUCAACAACAAAUCAUCAUCAUCAUCAUCAUCAUCAUCCUCAACUUACAACAACUACAAUUCUUGUUUCUGACUACAACAACAACAACAGCAACAGCAAAGAUGGAAUGGUUUGGAAUUUCAGACAGGGCUUCAAAGGUUAUUCAGACAAUAAUAAUAUUCUCUAUAGAUCAUCGUCUUCUCAUUUUAAUUAUAACUAUUAUCCUAAUUCUUCAUCUUCAUCAUCAUCAUCAGCUAGAUUUUGCUUCCCAAAUAAUAAAAUUCCUAUUGGGGUUUUUGAAUUUGGUAGCCCUUCAACUACAGCACUUAUGAAGUUCAUGGCUAACACUGAUGAUCGUAAUAAUAAUCAUGAUCAACAACCACAAGUACUACAACAAGAGGAAUCUCUUAAGGACAAGGAUAAUAUCCCCUUCAUAGAUUUCCUUGGAGUUGGAAUUUCUUCUUGAUCAUCUAAUUUUAAACUACUUCUUUUUAUUACUUAUUCAUACAGAUCCUCAGCCUCUCCUAUGUGAAAAAUUAAAGAUAGGUUAAUUUUUUUUAGUUUUAGUUAUAUAUAUAUAAACUCUUUUCUCAUCUUGUGAGAUGGUAUUAUAAAAGGAUAUGACUUUGAUUUUCA